CCAGUGCUGCUGCUGGUGCUGCGGGUGGUCACCGGCCCGAUGGAAGUGAAGCCAGCAGGGCCUUUCUGUCCCGGAGUCUCCUGAGCGGGAGCAACCCUCGGACGCAUCCAAUACUGAGGUGAUAUCUCCGUUAGCUGGUCCUGGAUGUAGGAAAUAUGAAUGACUGGCAGAGAAAAAGCCCUCUAGACUGGGAAACAUAUGUGAACAAAUUGGUGAAAGUUGUUGCAGUUGAGAAACAUGAAUAUGAAGGAUGGGUUUUAACAGUUGACCCAGUUUCUGCCACCAUUGUCCUGGCAACGUUCCCAGAGAACGAGAAAGGGUCCCUAUCGUUCGUCAUGGGCCACGCCGUCCAAAAGGUGGAAAUCCUGCGGGAAGGGGACAGUGACAUGGAGCAGCGCCUCGCUCGCAUCCUCGCACCCGAGGAAAGCCCCGCCUACAGCCCGGAGGAGCUGGAGGAGAGAAAGAAGGCCUUGAAGACGUGGCUGGAGACGAACCACAUCCCUGUGGGCGAGCAGGGCGAGCAGGGCAGGACGCUGAGCGUGGCGGGGGUGCUGACCAUCGAGCCCCCGUACGGCCCCGAGCAGUGCAGCAGCGCCAACGAGAUCAUCCUGGCCCGCGUGCAGGGCCUGCUGCAGGGCUACCUCACCAGCAGCGGCCCUGCCCAGGAAACCUCUUGAUUCUAGGAGCUCUCCUGGGCCUCAGCAUUCACUGUUUGCAGAAAUGCUGCGUUGGGGUACCUCUGUCCUGAUUUUUAGUGCAGCAGUGCCAUCGAGGCCAUCCUGGCCCUUGUGCAGGGCUGCCUCACCAACAGGGGCCCUGCCCAGGAAACCUCUCGUCUCUGGAACUCUCCUGCUUUAGGAGCUCUCCUGGGCAUCAAUAUUCCCUGUUUGCAGAAAUGUUUUGGGUACUUCUGUCCUGAUUUUUUUGUAUGCAAAGGAAGGGAUAAAACAAGAAGUAUAAACUCAAAGCACAGGUGUUUUUUCAUGUGCUGUUUUUAUUACAAGCAAGCUGUUGGACAGUGCUGAUGUAUUAAACUGAUUUAUCAGUUUAACUUGUCAGUUUAGAAUUUUUUUAACAGUAUUGUAAAAGAUGGUAUAUAUAACACAUUUAAACUGUUUUCCCUUUAAAACUAGUUUACUUAUCUAGUGCUGAAGGCAUGUUUAUUUGAACAGCUUACCAGAUUCUUCUUUUUUUAUUAUUAUUAUUUUUAGAAGGAAAAUUAUGACACCUGGACAUCCCAAACCAAAUUUAAAAAGAUGUUCAGAAAGCUG